UUCUACCACUAUGUCUUUGCCUGAAUGUCAACAGUGUCGAAUAUAAUAGCUUAGGAGCUAUAAAAUAACAGUCUGAGAGUAUAUAAUUCCAACUACUAUGCAUAUUAAACCUGACUCAUGAACAAUAAAGUCGAUGCAAUGACAAAAUUAUAAAAUGAGUUAGUUGUACCAGCAAAGGAUUCUUUACAUCAAUUUCUCAAAUUUCUGUCAUUUAAUCAUUCAGACUGUUAUAAAGAAUGGUCAUGAGUAAAACUAAUAAUUUAUUUUCAAACCCUUAUAGUAUGAAGAUUAACAAUAUAUUUUUUUUCAAAUUGUAAGUCAAUGGCAGUGAUCUGGAAAUGAAUGAUCUAAGCAGACAAAUAUCACAGCCCUCUAGAGCACAUUUCUUUUUUUAUUUGAAUGAUUUUGAAUGAUUGGUAAGCCUUGGUAAGAUUUAUUUUUUGUCUCCUCAAACAAAAGAAUUGAACCCCGGGGAACACUGGUUAUAUUGCUACAUUCUGGGAAUUAAAUUUUAGCAUAAGAAAAACCUUUCUUUAACCAGAACCAUUUCUUUAACCAAAUUAACAGAUUUUAAUGGUCAUCAUUUCCACCUGUGUGUGAUGCUGGGGCUUGAAAUCAGGGCUUGAGACUUGAAGGACAGGUUCAAUCAAUGAGCUUCAUUCAUCAUAGCUCAAUUAAAGUUUCUUAAAUUCAAAUGAAAGAAUCUGGUUUCUUAAAAACAUCUAUAGUCUGGAGAAAUGUGAAAUUUGUCCAUAACAAAUUUCUAAUCUAUAAACAAGGGGGAAAUGAGCUCUAAUGUGCUUUGUUAGACUCUCUCUCUGUGUGUCUCAGUGUUCUGUUGCAUUAUCCCUGAAAUUCUUGCACCUAACCACUUAACAGCAUUUCAAGCUUUUCUGGUUAAGGAUGUUGGAUAUCGAUAAAAAUAAAAAUUUUAAGUUGUCAAAAUUAAAAGGAGGAAAACACAUAUGGGGAUUCAAGGAAAGGAUCCCAAAAGAUGGCUGAAGGAAUCCAAGGGGCAGAUCAAAGAUGGUUGCGAAGUACAUAGAAUUCUUACAGUCUUCACGCGUCAGCAUGAUUUAAUAAAACCGGAUAAUAUUUCACAGCGCUUUCUUAUUGCUGGGUUUGCCUUUACAAUUCCAUAUACAGUCAAGAAUUCCAUGCAUGUUAAUCGUUUGCUUAAUUUGGCAACUGGCAUAUUAGAAUUAUGUAUCAUCUAGGCAAUGGUUCUUUUGUAAUGUUUGCUUUAUAAGUCUUACUCAUUUCUGUUAAGUCUUAGGUAAAUAAACUAUUUCUCCAGGGCCUUGCAGUAUUGGAAUACCUGAAGUAGACCCAAGAUUCGUUAAAGAAAAGCACAUGACUGUUAGGACUUUGACAGCCCUUUAUUUGACUUUCUCUUUGGGCACGUUCACUGCGUGUGAAAUUCCUAGAAAGGCGAGUUGACCGAGAAGGUAGCUAUCAUUUUGGACGCUGUCAGGUUUCCGUGACUUUGCAGGUAGUCAGGAACACGAUCGUCUUGGAGACACUGGGCAAAUGAGCAAUGGGAUAGCUCCUAGGCUCAGGUAUGAAUGCACCCCUCCAGCUGCAGCUGGGAAACGCAGGAACCCCAGGGCCUGAUCCCCUUCCGGCUGACUUUCACACAGUUCAACCUGCCCUAGGGGCGGAUCUGGGGCGCCGCGCCCAGGCUUUGCCACACCCCGGAGCGCCAGGCCGCGCCCCUGGGGCGGGGGCGGAGCUUGGAGGAGGGGCAGGACCAGGACAGGGGUGGGGCUCCGCGACGGCCCCGCCCCGACCUGUCGUCCCUGGGUCACAAUGUAGGGUUAGGGCGGCCUGCGGGCGGGGCGCUGCGGGGGAGGAGCCACGGGGCGGGGGCGGUGACGGCGGCUGGGGGAAGGGAAGGGAGGAGGAGUCGCGGAGGGAGGAGGACAACGCCAUUUCGGCCGGCCGCUCCCUCCGUCCCCCUCGCUCCCUUCCCCCUCCCCCCUCCCCCCCGUCGUGGCCCCGGCAUUGCCCUGCCCAGAAGCGCGCGAACGCGUGACGCGGCUGGGCUUUGCUAGCGCCUUCCCGCGUCCCCCACUCCCGGGGUCCCAGCCGGUGGCCCAUGGCCCAGGUCGCCGCGGAUAAGCCGCACUGAGGCGGGUCGCGCGGAGGACGUGGGGCUGCAGCGGCGGUGGUAGUCCUCGCAGUCCGCGCCGCUCGGCCCGCCCGCGGUGCCCGCGCACGCCGGCCGCCAUCGCCUGCGCGCCCGGCUGGCGGGGGCGCUGUCCUCCCCGGCCGUCCACGCAGCUCCUUGGAGCUCGGCGGAGCGGGGCUGCCUGUGCCGGCCGAGGCGCGAGGAGCCGGACGCCGCCGCCGCCACCCUCGCCGCCGUCGCCGCUACCGCCGCGGGGGCCAUGACCGUGGAGCAGAACGUGCUGCAGCAGAGCGCGGCGCAGAAGCACCAGCAGACAUUUUUGAAUCAACUGAGAGAAAUUACUGGCAUUAAUGACACCCAGAUACUGCAGCAAGCUUUGAAGGAUAGUAAUGGAAACUUGGAAUUAGCGGUGGCUUUUCUUACUGCGAAGAAUGCAAAGACCCCUCAACAGGAGGAGGCGACUUACUAUCAAACAGCACUUCCUGGCAAUGAUAGAUACAUCAGUGUGGGAAGCCAAGCAGAUACAAAUGUGAUUGAUCUUACUGGAGAUGAUAAAGAUGAUCUUCAGAGAGCAAUUGCCUUGAGUUUGGCGGAAUCAAACAGGGCAUUUAGGGAGACUGGAAUAACUGAUGAGGAACAAGCCAUUAGCAGAGUUCUAGAAGCCAGUAUAGCAGAAAACAAAGCCUGUUUGAAGAGGAUUCCCACAGAAGUUUGGAGAGAUUCUCGAAACCCUUAUGAUAGAAAAAGGCAGGACAAGGCUCCUGUGGGACUAAAGAAUGUUGGCAACACUUGCUGGUUUAGUGCUGUUAUUCAGUCAUUAUUCAAUCUUUUGGAAUUUAGAAGAUUAGUUCUCAAUUACAAGCCUCCAUCAAAUGCUCAAGAUUUACCUCGAAAUCAAAAGAAAGCUGGCCUGAAGGUUUUGAACCAGAGCAAGUCCUCUCCCACACAAGAACAUCGAAAUUUGCCUUUCAUGUGUGAACUGAGGUACCUAUUUGCACUUCUUGUUGGUACUAAAAGGAAAUAUGUUGACCCAUCAAGAGCAGUGGAAAUUCUUAAGGAUGCCUUUAAAUCAAAUGACUCACAGCAGCAAGAUGUGAGUGAAUUUACACACAAAUUAUUAGAUUGGUUAGAAGAUGCCUUCCAAAUGAAAGCUGAAGAGGAGACGGAUGAAGAGAAGCCAAAGAAUCCCAUGGUAGAGUUGUUCUAUGGAAGAUUCCUCGCUGUAGGAGUACUAGAAGGUAAAAAGUUUGAAAACACUGAGAUGUUUGGUCAGUAUCCACUUCAGGUCAAUGGUUUCAAAGAUCUGCAUGAGUGCCUAGAAGCUGCAAUGAUUGAAGGAGAAAUUGAAUCUUUACAUUCAGAGAAUUCAGGAAAAUCAGGCCAAGAGCAUUGGUUUACUGAACUGCCACCUGUGUUAACUUUUGAAUUGUCAAGAUUUGAAUUUAAUCAGGCAUUAGGACGACCAGAAAAAAUACACAACAAAUUAGAAUUUCCUCAAGUAUUAUAUUUGGACAGAUAUAUGCACAGAAACAGAGAAAUAACAAGAAUUAAGCGGGAAGAAAUCAAGAGACUUAAAGAUUACCUCACAGUAUUACAGCAAAGAUUAGAAAGAUAUUUAAGCUAUGGUUCAGGUCCCAAACGAUUCCCUUUGGUAGAUGUUUUACAGUAUGCAUUGGAAUUUGCCUCAAGUAAACCUGUUUGCACAUCUCCUAUUGAAGAUAUUGACUCUAGUUCUCCACCUAGUGGUUCCGUACCAUCACAACCAUUACCAAGCACAACAGAACAACAGGGAGCUCCUUCUUCAGAGCUGCCCAGCACGUCUCCUGCAUUAGUUGCUGCCAUUCCCUCGAGGUCAGUGAUACACAAACCAUUCACUCAGUCUCGGAUACCCCCAGAUUUACCCAUGCAUCCAGCACCAAGGCACAUAACAGAAGAAGAACUUUCUGUUCUGGAAAGCUGUUUACAUCGCUGGAGGACAGAAAUAGAAAAUGACACAAGAGAUUUGCAGGAAAGCAUAUCCAGAAUUCACCGAACAAUUGAGCUAAUGUACUCUGACAAAUCCAUGAUCCAAGUUCCUUACCGCUUACAUGCAGUUUUAGUUCAUGAAGGCCAAGCUAAUGCGGGCCACUACUGGGCAUACAUAUUUGACCAUCGUGAAAGCAGGUGGAUGAAGUACAAUGAUAUUGCUGUGACAAAAUCAUCAUGGGAAGAACUCAUGAGGGACUCCUUUGGUGGUUAUAGAAAUGCCAGUGCAUAUUGCUUAAUGUACAUAAAUGAUAAGGCACAAUUCUUAAUACAAGAGGAAUUUAACAAAGAAACUGGGCAGGCCCUUGUUGGAAUAGAAACAUUACCACCAGAUUUAAGAGAUUUUGUUGAGGAAGACAACCAACGAUUCGAAAAAGAAUUAGAAGAAUGGGAUGCACAACUAAUGCAGAAAGCUUUGCAGGAAAAGCUUUUAGCAGCUCAGAAAUUGAGAGAGUCGGAAUCUUCUGUGACAACAGCACAAGCAGGAGAACCAGAAUAUCUAGAACAGCCAUCAAGAAGUGAUUUCUCAAAGCACAUGAAAGAAGAGACUAUUCGAAUAAUUGCCAAGGCAUCACAUGAGCAUGAAGAUAAAAGUCCUGAAACAGUUUUGCAGUCGAAACCUGAAACUACCACAAGUGAACCACCUUCUAACCAGCGAGUUGUAGAGGUGGCGAUUCCUCAUGUAGGCAAAUUUAUGAUUGAAUCAAAGGAGGGGGGGUAUGAUGAUGAGAUCAUGAUGACACCGAAUAUGCAAGGUAUUAUCAUGGCCAUAGGUAAAUCCAGGAAUGUGUAUGACAGGUGUGGUCCUGAAGCAGGGUUCUUUAAGGCCAUUAAGUUGGAGUAUUCGAGGUUGGUGAAGUUGGCCCAGGAAGACACCCCACCAGAGACCGAUUAUCGUUUACAUCAUGUAGUAGUGUAUUUUAUCCAGAACCAGGCUCCAAAGAAAAUCAUUGAGAAAACGCUACUAGAACAAUUUGGAGACAGAAAUUUGAGUUUCGAUGAAAGGUGUCAUAACAUAAUGAAAGUCGCUCAAGCUAAACUUGAAAUGAUAAAACCGGAAGAAGUAAAUGUGGAGGAAUAUGAGGAGUGGCAUCAAGAUUAUAAGAAAUUCAGGGAAACCACUAUGUAUCUCAUAAUUGGAUUAGAAAAUUUUCAAAGAGAAAGUUAUAUAGAUUCCUUGCUGUUCCUUAUCUGUGCUUACCAGAAUAACAAAGAGCUCUUGUCCAAGGGCCCAUACAGAGGACAUGAUGAAGAAUUGUUAUCUCAUUAUAGAAGAGAAUGUUUACUAAAAUUAAAUGAGCAAGCUGCAGAACUAUUUGAAUCUGGAGAGGACCGAGAAGUAAACAAUGGCUUGAUUAUCAUGAAUGAAUUUAUUGUUCCAUUUUUACCCCUGUUAUUGGUGGAUGAAAUGGAAGAGAAAGAUAUACUUGCUGUGGAAGAUAUGAGGAAUCGAUGGUGUUCCUACUUAGGACAAGAAAUGGAAGCAAAUCUCCAAGAAAAGCUGACAGAUUUUCUUCCAAAACUGCUUGACUGUUCUUCGGAGAUUAAAGGUUUCCAUGAGCCCCCGAAGUUACCUCCAUAUUCCACACAUGAACUCUGUGAGCGAUUUGCCCGAAUCAUGUUGUCACUCAGUCGAACGCCUGCUGAUGGAAGAUAAACAUCACACUCUUUCCCUAAACACACUGUAUAAACUUUUUUUUUAGUUCUUAACCCUUGCCUUGCUGUCACAGGGUUUGCUUGUUGCUGCUAUAGUUUUUAACUUUUUUAUUUUAAUAACUGCAAAAGACAAAAUGUCUAUACAGACUUUAGCCAGACUAUACACAAUAAAGCUGAGAAUUGCAUGGCACUCAGACUUUGUUUUAACAGACAUGAUGAACAAUGGCAACCCAAUUGCUUUUAUUAUGGUAAAACUGCUUUUGCCACCCUUCUAUUACAGUAUUACUUCGCUUUCAUCUUUUAUCAACAGCUUUCCAUACAGUCUGGAUAUUUCCAUGACUAAGCCAUUUAAGUGUUCAACACUGUGUAUGAUACAUAAUUAUUUGAUAGCUUGUAAAUGAAAUGAAAGAAUAAAGUUUUAUUUAUGACUA